CCCAUCCCCCUAUCCUCUUCCCGGACGCCGCCUCCCUGCGGUGGCGGGAUGCAGUUCGGCUGCAGGCGCCCCGCCGCCGUCUGGAAGAACCUCUCGUCCUCGGCUGCUGCCUCCCUCCCGCCAACCUCCAAGAACAAGGUCAUCGUCAUCUCUGGCCCCACUGGCGCCGGCAAGACCCGGCUCGCCCUCGACCUCGCCAAGAGGCUCUCCGGCGAGAUCAUCAGCGCCGACUCCGUCCAAGUCUACCGCAGCCUCGACGUCGGCUCCGCCAAGCCGUCUCCUUCCCAGAGGGCCGCUGUGCCGCACCGCCUCAUCGACAUCCUUCACGCGUCGGAGGAUUACUCCGCCGGGGACUUCUUCCGGGACGCCCGCGCAGCGACCGACGACCUUCUUGGCCGAGGCCGCGUCCCCAUUGUCGCUGGAGGGACUGGCCUCUACUUGCGCUGGUACAUCUAUGGCAAGCCGAAUGUUCCCCAGUCAUCCAUGGAUGUCACGUCCGCCGUCUGGUCUGAGCUCGCCCGCUACCGGGACACCGGCCGAUGGGAAGAAGCUGUAGACCUGGUGGCCAAAGCCGGCGACCCCAAAGCUCGGGACUUGUCAGUCAACAACUGGUCCAGGUUAAGGAGAAGCCUCGAGAUCAUCAGGUCCUCAGGCUCCCCUCCCUCUGCCUUCACCUUGCCUUACAAUGCAUACAAUCAGCGUCGUCUCACCAACCAAACCGAUGCUGAUCAACCACCCAAGGAGCUGGACUAUGACUUCCUCUGCAUUUUCCUCGCGUGUCCGCGCGUUGACCUCUACAGAUCAAUCGAUUUGAGGUGUGAAGAAAUGCUGGCCGACACAGGUGGCCUACUUUCUGAAGCCUCGUGGCUUCUUGACAUCGGUUUGAGUCCUGGUAUGAACUCGGCCACCUGUGCAAUCGGCUACAGGCAAGCCAUGGAGUAUUUGCUUCAGUGUAGGCACAACGGAGGCAGCAGCUCCCCACAGGAGUUUUUUGAGUUCCUGACCAAGUUUCAGACAGCAUCAAGGAACUUCUCAAAGAGGCAGCUCACCUGGUUCCGCAACGAGAAGAUUUACCAGUGGGUUGAUGCCUCGCAGCCUUUCGAUGCUAUUUCUCAGUUCAUCUGUGAUGCUUACCAUCACUGUGGUUCAAGGGUGGUUCCUGAUUCACUGGAAAUGAAGAGGGAAAGUUGCAGGCACGAAAGCCGUGAUCUCAAGACCUAUCGUUCAGAGAACAGGGUGUUCCGUGGGGAUGAUGACUGUUCCCACGUUUUGGAUUGGAUUACAAGGACACAGAAGAGGAAGUGAGCUCUAGUGCUCUCUCUCUCUCUUGUUAUUGUUUCUUCUUUUCUCUUUCCAGCCGUGAAACUGCCCUGUUGAUGUAUUUAUUUGGAGAUGUUGCCAUAGGAGAUUCAGCCCUCUUUUUGUCAGAAACAUACUACACACUUUAUUCCGAAAAGUUUGAAUUUUGGUAUAGAAUGAAAAUUCACUAGAGGAUUCCUCAGCAUAUUUCUGUCUGCAUAAUCUGUAGAACAUUACAACUUGGAGGUGUUUGCCUCGUCUGAACCUGAAGUUUGGAUAGCAUCACAAUCUCUCGUGCAAUUUCUUUUUUGUAAGUUUCAGGGUACUAAAUAUAUCUUC